AUGACUGAAUUCUUCAUCGCGGACGAGGAUUUGACAGGCCUCAAGGACAAGGUCGUCAUUCUGACUGGUGGCUCGUCCGGCAUAGGCCUGGCAACCGCCAACUUGCUGCUCUCUUUAGGAGCAAAGGUCAUCAGCGGCGAUAUCAACGCCCCCACGGAAGAAGGCGCUGGUCUCCAAUUCGUAAAGACCAAUGUCACCAAUUGGGCGGACCUCGUCGACUUGUUCAAGAAGGCCAAGGAACAACAUGGCCGAAUCGACUACGUCUUUGCGAACGCCGGCAUUGGCCCUCGCGCCGACUACUUGAAUCUCCAGGCCGAUGAGAACGGCGACCCGAAGGAACCGACGAGUGAAGUCUUGGAUGUCAAUCUCAAGAGCGUGGUAAAUACCGCGACACUCGCUGUGCAUUACCUCAAGCAGCAGCCUGAAGGUGGUGCCAUUGUGCUUAUGGGCUCUAGCACAGGCCUGCAACCCGUUCGAGCUCCUGACUACUCUACGGCCAAGCAUGGCGUCCUAGGCUGGGCCAGAGGACUUGCGCUCCUCGUCGACGCCGCAAAGCUACCCAUUCGCGUCAACACGCUCAUGCCCUCGUGGACCAGCACAAACGUUCUCCCGGAUUUGGGUGGCAUGAUGCGAGCAGUUUCGCUCGAGUCGCAGCCAAGUUUGGUUGUUGCUCGUGUGGCCGCGUAUCUAAUGACCGACACCUCUAGAAAUGGAGACGUGAUCUACGUCUCUGAUGGGAAGUAUAAGGAAAUCGAGAAGUCCGUUCUCUGGCCUGCGUACGAGAAGCAUAUCAAGGGAGACGGACUCAGCGAUGAUGAGGUGCUUGUGCGUCUUCUCUCACUUGCUGGACAAUGA